CCAUAAAAUGACCUUAAUCCAGGUUGCACUUUGUAGGGGCUAGGGAACAGGAUAGUAUUUCGGACACUGCCUCUGUUUUCCACAAGAGACACAGAAGAAGAGGUGCCAUGGCAAUAUCGCUACAGCAACCAGACUCGACCAAUCAGGUGUCGCUGUUCAGAAACGGCGUUAACGAUUGGCUCGCUGAUCUCUCUGCUCCCAACGAUUGGAGAGAUUCAAUAAACAGUGGCCGAAUCCCAAAUAGCUCGGCCCUCCUUGUAUCAGUUCACUACAUAGGCUGUAAAAAUCAUUAGCAGUAGCACCCUGUGUAGUGAUCUAAAUGUGUAAAAAGGACGCGUUUGGGUUUGCGUUUUAACUCACGCAAAGUGUAUUCGUUCUGCGGUCGAGAACAUUAUUUUAUUCAUAAAAUAUUGAUAUUAAACUAAAUUCAGUUAAAAUAAUGUUUUAUUAUCCUAAUGUACUUCAUUACAGAACUGGGUGCUUUGCGACAAUAUGGAUGGCGGCCACGAAGGGCAGAAGGAUAAACCGGCGGGAUCUGCUCAAGGUCAACGUUCAGAGCACAUGCACAGACAUUAUGAACUACGUGCUGGUGCGAGUUCCUCCUCUGGCUGCGGGUCUGCCUCGGCCUCGCUUCUCCCUCUACCUCUCCUCCCAGCUGCAGUACGGCGUCGUGCUCGUCUUCCACCGACAGUGCCAGCUGCUGCUGGAGGAGAUCCAGGAGGCCAUUGACCGACUGCACCGUUACCGUGUUCAGGUGCAGAUUGACAUGCCGCCUGAGGAGAUCAGACAAACUCAAACCCUUCCGGAUGCUCUCGCUCUUCUGACCGAGUCAGAGGGGGCCAGAGAUCCAUUCUUUGGAUCAAUGGAGUUUGGUAUGCCCAGUCCAAGUACCCUCAUGCAGCUGGCUCAGGAAAUGGGUGUGGUUGCUCCAGAGGGUCGACUGUCUCCACCUUUAGAAGGCAUCACAGCGAGUCAGGAGUCGAUCACGAUAACCGAACGGGAACCCGUUCUCAUGCACGAGCCCGAGUUUGAAGGGGCGGAGCUGCAGGAGAUCGACAUGGUUGAAAUGUUGCUGGAGCAAUCGGAUCAGUUCCCCGAAGAGGGCAUCUUUUUUCCAGGAGAGGAAGAGCGGGAACGAGAGGCAGCGAGGCGAGAGAGAAGAGAAAGGGAGAGAGAAGAGGUUGUAGAGAGAGAGAGAGAGCGAGCAGCAGCAGAAAUAGAGAGGACGAGGGAUCUGACAGUGUCUACCCUCUCCAUAGAGCCGGCUCAGAUCACUGAAGUACCAAGCAGAGACGUCGUAUCUGUGCCCGAGGAGGUGGAACUGCCCGCUGUGGUGCCCGAGCCAGCUGAAAGAGAGAGGACCCCCGAGCCCGUCCCGAUUCCACCGUCCCCGCCUAGCCCAGAGAGGAUGGAGCGGCGCAUAGAGAGUCCUCGCCUGGAGGAGCUUGUCCCGAUCCUAGAAGCCCCUGUGGAGGAACGAAGGAGGAGGAAGAGGCAGCUGGUCUUUAUGGAUGAAGAUGUACAGAUCGCCCAGGAAACACUGCAAGCCCAGAUUAACGAUCCAAGCAUUGAAACCAAAUCUUUGGCGGAUGUUCUGAUCAGAGCACCUUCUCAAGUGAGCGAGCCCAAAGUACUUCUCAGUAACCCCUGCACAAAGCUUCCUGCUGAUAUUCUAGAGUUGUGGAAGCAGGGUGCGGUCGUCCAACACGUCCGUCCAUCCAAACCCCGCAGGGAGGUUGAAGAAGAGGAUCUGGAGGCCGUACGAGAAAGGGAGAGAGGGAGAGAGGAGCAAGAAGAGGGAGAGAUACCCACAGAGAUGGUGGAGUCCGGCAUCUCACGAUACGAGACUCCAGUUUCUUCUCUGGUGAUGGAAGCAACAGACAGAGAAAUCUCGCCCAUGGAGACUCCUGAGAUGCGACGGACUCCUGUUCCUGUAUCUGUGCGUGGUUUGGAGGAGAUUCCUGAGGAGAGAGUCCCUGAACUGGAGGGUGUCAUGAUGGAUGUUGAGCCUCUCAGGCGAAUCGAUGCUAUUGGGGAGGAUGAAGUGACAUUUCACUCUCUACUGCCCCCUGGAGUCAGGCGCAGAACCGUCGCUCAGGCUUUCUGGAGGCUGCUGGAGCGGAUUGACAAAAAAGAGGUCACAGUGCGACAGGACGAGCCGUACGGUGACAUCAUCAUCUCAGUGAUAUGAUUGAGCCACAGCUGGCGUGAUUUUUCUUCCAUUUUCAUUCCAGUCUUUUUUUUUUUUUUAACAAGUUAAAGCACGGGUUGUUAAAGUUCCUGAAGAUUUAUAUGAACUUUUUAAACACUAUGUUAAGUUGAAUUAUUGACCAUAAACGGAAGACAUUUUAUAUAAUGAAAUGUUGUUAACCCCAAAUGAAUUUGUUUGUCUAUCUAUUUAUUGAAAUCGGGUUCUGCUUAAUAAUUGAGUCUUAUCGUUUUCAAAAUUUUUUUAUUGAACGUUGAUUGCGAAACUUUUGAAAUGUUAUCAUUGUUGGAAUUUUUUUUUUAAAUGCCGUGUUUUGCAUUCUGUUUUUUCAUGAGGUUGUUUCACAGUUUAAUUUUAUACGAGUCGUGUACUGUGAUGAUGAUGAUGUGUUUUUA